AUGUUUGGAGCCUCGUCGACUACCUUUGGCUCCUCCUCCUCGACGGGUAACUUGAACACCGGAUCGGGGUUUCUGUUUGGCUCCAACAACAACGCCGCAUCUGGGAACAAUACCGGUGGAAGCACUGGAUUUGGUGGAUUUGGAACUCAAGGCAAUAACAAUGCAUCGGGAACAAAUACCUCGGGGGGCCUUUUUGGCUCCUCGUCGAAUACCAACCAAAACAAUGCAUCGCAGAACACACUGAAUCUCUUUGGGCAAAACAAGCCUGCCUCAGGAGGUCUUUUUGGUGGCUCCACGGCUUCAAACACAGGCACAUCUGGAGGCGGUCUUUUUGGCUCGUCAAACAAUACGGCAACGUCCACUAACCAGACAUCAACUAGUGGUGGAGGAGGUCUCUUUGGUUCCUCAAGCACGUCGGGAAACACUGGCGGUGGCCUCUUCGGGAAACCAGCAACCUCUACAGGUACUGGCGGUGGUCUCUUCGGUGGUAGCACCACGGGAACUCAAAACAACACAAACCCCUCUGGAGGAGGUGGGUUGUUUGGGUCUUCAAACACCAGCAAUACAACAGGGGGCAGUCUAUUUGGUAAACCUAGUACCUCUGCUGCACCAACGCUGUCUGGCGGUCUUUUUGGUAACACAAACCAGCAAAGCACACAACCAAGUGGAGGUCUCUUUGGUAGCAGCAACCAGCAGAACACUCAGCAAAGUGGCGGUCUCUUCGGUCAGAGCACAAAUCAAUCCACGCAGCAGAACGUUCAGCAGAACAACCAGCAGAGCAACACGGGCUCGGGUCUUUUUGGUGGCAGCACCGUUAACAACGCACAGCCUUCAUUUUCGUGGUCGUCUCAGCAACAGCAGAAGCCCCAACAAUCUAGCGUGUUGAAUUUACCAACAUUGUCCAACUCCCUGUCUUCUAAUCCACAAAGCUCAUCAUCUACCUCGUCCACAUACACUCCACCAAUCAAUGAUCAGUUGAUCAAGUUGAAGGAGCAAUGGGACCCUAACUCUCCCAAGUGUGCUCUUAAAACCCAUUUUUAUAACAAGUUCAGUCAGGAAGAGAUAAACGCCCUCAUGCAACAACCAAGACCUUCGAACGAAUCUCCGGAUGACUGGGACAACGCUAUGUCCGAACGUCCAUCUACACAACAUUACCCUGUCAAAAUCACGUCUUUCAGCGAUGUAUCCCAAAGAAUAGAGACACAGUUAGACCACAUUGCCAAAGCAAGGAUUCUACUCAAUAACAUCAAUGAGAAGCAGACGCAACUAUCAUCCAAGCACGAUUUGGACAAUAUCACCAGGAUCUUGAAAGCACGUGCAAAACAUACCAAACUUUCACGCAGACUACUUCGCCUAGCUACUGUGCUUGCCAUUCUCAAGCUCAAAGGAUAUCCAUUGCUACCAGAAGAGGAGGAGAUUUCGAAACAAUUCCAGACUUUAAACACAAAGCUCAGCGAUCCAAAUGGACCUGUCGGAAAAUUGAGUGAUCUAUAUGCUCGACUUGCUAUUUUGAAGGGAAGAAGUGAAGAUAUCUCAUCACAAUUGGAGUCGUCCAUCGGUAACAUUCACGUUGCGUUGAAUGAUGUGAUGGGCAGCAACGAGGGAACCCAUGUUGGCGUACAGGAGAGCAGCAAUCAAAUCGAUCAGAUUGUGAACAAGUUGACCAAAUUGUUAUACAAGCAGCAGGUCGGUCUCAGCUAUUUGAACGAACUCCUACAGAAAGACAUGGAUACCGUGGAUAAGAGACUCGCUGCACAGAACUGA